AUGGCCGGCUCUUCCCACGACGACUCGCUCGCCCACGAGCCUACACUCCCAGAGCUGAAGCCAUACUCUAAGAAUUCCACACCUGAACCCUCCUUGGGUGCUGUUGCCGGCAUAAAAAGACGCGCGCCUUCUCUGCUGCCAGCCUUCGAACCCUCGUCCUCGCCUGGCCUUCCCCGCCCGCUUAAGCGACAGAACACCGGGAGCAAUGGCAGCGACAAGGAAAACGGCCGGAGGCAACUCCCCACCCCCGUACCGACCUCGAGCACCGGCAUCAUGUCCAGCUCGCCUCCUGUCAGACGAUCCGACUUUGUGCAGUCGUCCAGUGCCGCCCGGGCCAGCGAGCGAGCUCCAUUGGGUGCUCUCCCCACAGUUGAACUGCCCGAGAACGGCGAGCCGCUGCUGAUGGGACGCUCCUCCAACUCCUCCCACUACCAGCUGCCGGCCGGCCCCAACCUCCGCCUCGUGUCCCGAGUGCAUGUCCAGGCCAAGUACGUGUCUGCUACUAACCCGCUGGAGCCUUCCAAGAUUGAGAUCUCGUGCCCUGGCUGGAACGGGCUGAAGUUGCACUCGCAAGGUAGAACCUGGGAACUCUUCAAGGGCGAUAGCUUCACCAGCGAGACAGAGGGCACCGACAUCAUCCUGGACGUGCUCGGUUCGCGGGUAAUUCUCCAAUGGCCCAACCGCCAUGCUGAUUCGUUUGCCAACAUGUCGGACGGUAGCUGGGACUCACCCGAAGUCGUAGGCCGUAGGGCUUCCAUCCUCCACUCCUCGCCCCUGCGUCGUUCCGGCCGCAUGGCCUCCCCUGAAAGUCCUACCCCGGCCGGCCUGUCCAGCUCCCAGCGUCUUCACCAGUCUCUGUUCUCCCCUAGAGAGGGACUCAGCAUCAAGAUUUUUGAAGACGAGGCGGAGCCCGAGCUGCCUGAGCCCGUCGACCACAUGGAUGUUAAUGUCAGCAUGCGGACCGAGGCCACAGCCAGCUUCUCAAGCGAGCUGAGCGACCACGACAGUGAGGAUGAUGAGAAGGACCCUGACGAGGAGAACGACCCUAUUGUCCAUUCAUUUGGUCCCUUCGGCGCAAACAUCUCAGGUCGCUUCGCCAGCAUCUCCACGCGCUCUCCCAAAGAGCUAAAGCGCUCACCAAAGCCCAGAGCUUCUCCCUUCAAGACGAAGCAAGACUCACGCAAGAUGUCGCUGGCCAGAACACUUUUCCCCGAGAUCCCAUCCUCCCCUCUGAAACCUGUUCGGGAGGAACCACGUGCCAAGUCUGAGACACCAGAGGAGGUCAAAGAAGAAGAGGAAGAAGUCACAGAGAUCAAGGAGGAGGAGAAGCCCGUCGUGGAGCUGAACCCCUCGAUUACCAACCACGUCGUCAACCAGCUCGCCUACUCCAGGCUGUCAUCCACCCCCCUCUCAACCAUCUUGCACAACCUCCCCAGCGAUGCCAAGGAGGGGCUGACCGCCGCCUCACUCCGCGUCGCCAUCGAGUCGACCGCCUGCAUCGGCUUCAUCACGCGUGAAGGCAAGGAUGCAGCCGGCAAGGCUCUCGAGAGCCAGUACUACUACGUUCCUGAGUUCGACACGGACGAGCAGCGAAGGGCCGCUGUCGUCGAUGGCCUCAGAAAGCCCAGCCUGAGGGCCUGCAGGAAGCAGCAUAAGCAAUACUACUGGAAGCGCCCCAAGACACCUUAG